AUGAUUGAACUUGGAAAUCAAGCUGUAUCAUGGUCUAAGACAGGUUUAAUUGUCUAUUCUGACAAAACAUCUACAGAUAGCAAUCUAUGUAUGACCUUUUUGGAGACUAUUAAUGGUACAACUUGGAGAUUCCAUCCUCCAAAGAAAUAUACAAUCCAUCCACAUUUAUAUGAGUCUCAAAACACUACAUCAAGCAGCAACUCAAAUGGAGGAAAAUAUUCAAUCAAUGCUGGUCGUUCAGGUAGUCCACCUAAUUACCAGGGAUCUAAGGCUAAUAGAACCACAAACAAAAACUGUCCAUUUUUUUAUGAGAUCACUUCUGUUCAUUGGAACAAUUGGUUUAAUCUACCUGGUGACAUGUUAGCUGUAUGUGACGAACUUGGUAAUUUAACAAUUUUAAUACUGGGCCAGAGUUUGCAAGGUCCUGUGACAAUGGAUAAGCUGACUAUGUUAUUCCAGGAUAAUAUAUACAAGAUUCAUAACAACCCAAUGCAAUUAAAUGAAACUUCAGAAGAUUCUGUGAAAUGCGUUAAAAAGGAGUCGAAGAAAGAAUAUCCAACAAGGAUUUCUGAAUUAUUUUGGCUAAGCUCCUCUAAACCAGUAAUUUCAUCUCAGUUUUGUGUUCUGGACAGUUCUAUCAACAGUUACAGAAAUAAGGUACAACAGAUUCCCCCAUAUGGUGUGUUUCAUCCUCCUUUUAUGAAAUACUCAUGUUUGGCAGUUCGUAAAAACGGUCAAAUUGACUUCUGGUAUCAAUUUUCAAAUUCUAAAAGUCAUAAAAAAAUAUCAUUGCACUUAAAUACAGCUCAAGGAAAGAGCUCCAACGAUAUGGAUUGGGUGGAGUAUACUAAUAUUUCAGCAUUGAACGAAGACCAGUCAUUAUUAAUAUCUACAUAUUCCAGACUAACAAAAGUGGUUUCAUUUUACAAACUACAUGUCAAUUGGAACAUAACUGACAUCAACAAUUCUCAGUUAAAUGAUCCAUUGUUGUCUUUAUUUCAUCUCUCAGAUGUUGCCGUUGAACAAAUUGAUGAUGAAGGAAAUCUUCUUGAAUUUCAAUAUUUGUACGUCAUCUCAAAAGCUCCAGUUGAAAAAGACUCUGCUCCAGAAAUAUUGCUAUUAUAUAACGUACUAGAUACUGGAAAAUCAAUCAUUAAACGCUACAAGCUCAUCCCAACUCAGUUAAAUGCACAUUAUUUGAAAAUACUAAAACCCGAUAUUUCACGACUAGAUGAGCAAAAAUUAAAACCAAAACAUAGAUAUACGUUAAAUUGCAUGCCGGAAAUUCACUUGGAUAAAAAAGUCAUAAACAUUAUAUCCAAUAUACUAGAUGGUUUUGUAUCAAUUCAUUUUGAGGAUUCUACUAUUGAAACAUAUAGUAAAACAGAUUGGAAAGUUGAAACAGAGAGACUGCAUCAUCAAAAUAGGCAAGGCAAAUUUAGGGAUAUAUUAACUUCAGUAUUAAGUGCAGGAUUUAAUUAUCCCAAAUUACCACCACAAAGUACAUUGGAAUGGGCAAUAGUUUCACCAACAAUGUGCGGUGUUUUAAUAAAACAGUCAUGUAAGGAUAUUCCACAAUUUAUCUCCAUAUCUCAUGAAAAUACUGACGAUGCAUCUUUGGAUAAAGUGAAUAGCACUGCUUUUGCUUUUGCAUUUGUCGCCAGUAUACAUAGGCAACUUUCUGCUGAAGAUUUAUCCAUUGCAUGUAAAACACAUUUGAUAAAAAUUUCUGACAAAGACCAAGAUAGAGGGAAGGAAUGUAUAACUUCACUGAUGGCUGAUAUAUACUCAUUUUUCAAUAUUACACCGGAUGCACCACCAGAAUUAUUAGAAAAAAUGAUUUCAAGUAGACCAGUUCAAAAGACAAUGUUGUUACAACUUGAAUUAGGUAGUAGCUGUCGCCAUAAAAAUGUUUAUGAAAUGGCUCGUAUUAUCAUGAACUUAAGAAACGUGUAUUUUGCAUUCAAUGGUGUUACUCGUAAUUUACAAUUUGCAAUUGAGCAACUAAAUACGAUAAGUCCAGCACAAUUAGCGGGGGGUAAAUUAUUUCAGACGUCAUUUACAAAACAAGAUUUGAUACAUUCUUUGAUACCGAUUGCAAAAUGGCUCAUUAAGUUUAUUACAUAUUUGAUUCAGGAAGUUUUAAUCCUUAUCAAUAAGGGAUAUUCCUCUGCAAGCGUAAGUUCACUAGUAUAUGGUGUAUUUGGUGCAAGAAUUCCUCGUUCACUAUUGCUAUCUAUUUUAAAUGAAAUUAAAAGGGUGAUUCAUUUAGUUACUAAGUUCCCUGAAAAUAAUUAUCCUGUACUGAACGAAUCUUCUAAAUUUUUGAAGAAAAUUUUAUCUGAAUCCACUGUUAAUAUUGAAAAAUUUGAAACAUUUUUAGUUGAUGUCAAUACAAAAUUCAUGAAUCUGAACAGUAAAAACCAGUCGACAACAAGAGAACCGUCAUUGUUAGUGAAGGCUGAAAUUCCUGAAGAUAUAAGUAAAAUUUCUUCAUUUUUACUGACUUAUUCUAAAAAUGCUAUAAUUUCUCAUAUAGACCCAGCACAAGUGUAUUUUGCUGAUACGAGUGGAUUAAGAAUUUCCAAAGAUGAAAUAUUCCAGUCUUCGUUGCUCCACCUAUCGCAACCGUUAGACAAAGGAUUAGUGACAGAUACCAAGAGUCUAGGCCCAAGUCAUCAAACUUCCAGGUCUUUUUCAAAGAUAGAAUAUGAUGGUGUCUCUUACGACACUUUCACGGACAAUGAAAUGACAAAUGGAAGUCUAAAGAGAUGUUGCAGAUGUGGCUGCGUCACAAGAGCUGGAUACACAAUCUCAGAAGAUAAAACAAUCAUCUCCACAAGCAUAAAGACAAGAAGAUGGCCAACAAUGUAUGCAAGAGUCUGCAUCUGCUCAGGAUAUCUGUACGAACUAGAGAAAGCACAUCCAGAGAAAAAGGAGUCCAAAUGA